AUGCUGGCGGGCGCCAGGCUCCCGCGGCGGCGGCGGCCGCUGCAGCCGCAGCAGCCCCGGCGGCGGCCGCCCCUGCUCUGGCCGAUGAGCGCGGACCCGCCGCCGCCGCCGCCCUGGCUGUGGAUGGUGCCCGGCGCGGCCGGGCUGCUCCGGCUCGGCGCGGGGGUCGCGCCCCCGCCGUGGCUGCUCCCGGCCCCUGCGCCCGCGGCGCCGCUGCUGCCCGCGCCGCCCGGCUGGCAGGCCCCCGGCGAGCCCCUGCUGCCGCUGCUGCCCGCGCUGCCCUCUGCGUCCGACCACGCCGCCGCCGCCGCCGCCGCCGCCGCCGCCGCGCACCACCCCCUGCUCGGCGCUCAGUGGCUGUCUGGUGGUCCUUCUCCGUCGCUGGGACUGCCCCCUUCCUCCAUGGUGGAGCUGGUGCCCAUUUUCCCACACGUCUGCCCUUCUGCUCCCCCACCUGCUGUGGGGAGAAGUUGGAUGGAUAAGAGGAUUCCUAACUAUAAGAUCUUUUUUAAUAACUCCUUUGCUCUGGACUCAACGUGGAUACACCCCGAGGACUCAAGAUUGUACCACGGGCACGAAAAGCCUCACCUGCUGGCAAACCAAGUAGCCGUGUCUCUGUCCAGGCCGCUUCCCACCGUGGUGUUAGCCCCCCAGCCCGUGCCAGGUGUUUGCCACAGCAACCUCAAGCCGGCCAGCAGCAGCCCCACCAUCGCCAUCACCGCAGCCGCCAUGGUCUCCGUGGAGCCUGAGGGCCUCCGGGGCCUGCCGCCCGCCAGUGUGCAGCCAUGCCACUUCCUGACGCUGGCGCCCAUUGCCAUACCCCUGUGGACGGCCCCCUUCCCAGAUAAAGGCCAAGAGCGCAGCCGCAGCCGGGCCGCCUGCCCCCCAGCACUGAUGCUGCACCCAGCACCCGAGAGCAAGAGCCUGCCCACAGACAGCGACGAUAAGGGGCCUCCUUCCAUCCUGGUGCAAGGGGAGGACAGUGCGGCGAGAGGCACCAGACCUGUGGCCUCCACCCCAGUGCCCGGCUCGCCCUGGUGUGUGGUCUGGACGGGCGACGACCGAGUGUUCUUCUUCAACCCCACCAUGCAGCUGUCCGUCUGGGAGAAGCCCGUGGACCUGAGGGGCCGUGGGGACCUCAAUAGGAUCCUCGAGGACCCUCCCCACAAGCGCAAGCUGGAGGCGUCAGCAGCUGACAGCAGCGAUGGGUCCAGCUCUGAAGACGGCAGGGACGGCCAGAACGUGAAAACCAAGAGGAACCGGACUGAAGGCCGCGGGAGCCUGGGGCUGGAGGAGGCGGAGCCAGAGGACAGAGGCCCGAGGACGCCGCCCCCCCAGAUCCCCCUGGAGGAGCGUGUGACCCACUUCCGAGACAUGCUCCUGGAGAGAGGGGUGUCAGCGUUUUCCACCUGGGAGAAGGAAUUGCAUAAAAUUGUGUUUGACCCACGCUAUCUCCUGCUGAACUCAGAGGAACGAAAACAGAUUUUCGAACAGUUCGUCAAGACAAGAAUAAAAGAAGAAUACAAGGAGAAGAAAAGCAAACUGCUGCUGGCCAGAGAGGAGUUCAGGAAGCUCCUGGAGGAAUCGAAAGUGUCACCGAGGACCACGUUCAAGGAGUUCGCUGAGAAGCACGGCCGCGAUCAGCGGUUCCGCCUGGUUCCCAAGAAGAAGGACCAGGAGCACUUCUUCAACCAGUUCAUCCUGGUCCUCAAGAAACGGGACAAGGAGAACAGACUGCGGCUGCGCAAGAUGAGAUGA